AUGGAUCUUCAAAAGCAAAUCCUCUACAUUACAUCCAUUUUCUCCAUUUUCAUUUAUGUAGUACAUAAAAUAGUGACCAAGAAAUCUAACUCAACUCCAAAUUUACCACCAGGGCCACGGAAGUUACCUGUGAUAGGGAACAUGCACAACUGUGUUGGGUCACUUCCCCAUCAUCGACUAAGAGAUUUAUCAACAAAAUAUGGACCCUUGAUGCAUCUAAAGCUUGGAGAGGUUUCUACCAUUGUGGUUUCAUCUCCAAAUUAUGCUAGGGAGGUGUUGAAAACCCAUGAUAUUAUCUUUGCAUCAAGACCUCAUGUCCUAGCUUCAAAAAUAAUGGGGUAUGAUUCUUUAGAUAUAGCUUUUGCACCUUAUGGUAACUAUUGGAGACAACUAAGGAAGAUUUGUGCAUUGGAGUUAUUAAGCUCGAAACGUGUGCAAUCUUUUCAACCAAUUAGAGGGGAGGUGCUAAGUGAUUUCAUCAAACGAAUUGCAUCAAAAGAAGGAUCACCCGUUAAUCUUUCCAAAGAAGUGAUUUCAACUAUGUUUACAAUCACUUCAAGGACAGCACUUGGCAACCAGAAGAGGCACGAACAGAAGUUAAUAUCAUUGGUAAAGGAAGCUGUUGAGGUUGCUGGUGGUUUUGAGUUGGGAGAUUUGUACCCUUCUGCCAAAUGGCUUCACCACUUCUCUGGGUUGAAGCUUAAGCUUGAGAAGUUGCAUCAACAAGCUGAUCAGAUAAUGCAAACAAUCAUCAACGAGCAUAAAGAGUCUAAGUCAAGUGGCAAAGAAGUGGGGGAAGUCCUUUUAGAUGUGCUCUUGAAGGAGGAGUUUUGCUUAAGUGAUGAUAGUAUCAAGGCUGUGAUGUGGGAUAUAUUUGGAGGUGGAAGUGACACAUCAUCUGCUACCAUAAUAUGGGCAAUGGCAGAGAUGAUUAAAAAUCCAAGAACAAUGGAAAAGGUUCAAGCUGAGGUAAGAGAGGUAUUUCAUAAAGAAGGAAAGCCCAAUGAAAGUGGCAUUGAGAAACUUAAAUAUUUGAAAUGUGUUGUGAAAGAGACAUUAAGAUUACACCCUCCAAGUCCUCUUUUGCUUCCAAGAGAGAGUGCACAAGAUUGUGCAAUCAAUGGCUAUGACAUACCUAUGAAAAGCAAGGUCAUUAUCAAUGCUUGGGCAAUUGGAAGAGAUCCAAAUCAUUGGACUGAGCCAGAGAGGUUUUACCCUGAGAGGUUCAUUGAAAGUUCAAUUGACUACAAAAGCAAUAGCUUUGAGUACAUUCCAUUUGGUGGUGGAAGGAGAAUAUGCCCUGGCCUCACAUUUGGCUUGAUCAAUGUUGAGUUUGCACUAGCAUUGUUGAUGUAUCACUUUGAUUGGAAACUUCCCAAUGGAAUGAAAAAUGAAGAUUUGGACAUGACUGAGAAGUUUGGAAUAACAGUUAGUCCAAAAGAUGAUAUAUGCGUCAUUCCCAACACUAGAAAUUCGAUCUAG